AUGAAAAUACUAACGUACUUACGUACCCAAAUAAAAAGAAGCCAAAUCUAUGAACAAGAUCAAAACUAUGUUUUAUUUGCAAUGUGCCGAAUUUCAGUUGCUGAGACGUCACCGCGAGGUGCAUCUGCUCCAACGGGUACCGCCGCUAUGCCGAAAGCUGUGUCUCCAGUUCAGGCUGCUGCUAUUAAACACGCUACUAGUCAGUCCAGUAUUUCAAGCUCACUGGGAGCGGACUCGGGUGUGAAUCUCAGUCCCACUCAUAAAGAGGAGAAGAAGCCAGCACCGGAAAGCAAGCCGAAACCAGCCAAGGUCGUCAGUGGUGGCAUUAUGAUGCAGUCAGAUGCGCUUACACCAGAACAGUUAGAAGCACUGCAGCGUUCGCUGGCUGAACAAUUGGCCGCAUGUGGCAUUGAUGCCUCAGUUCUGUCUGGUGUCACUGGUGGUGACAUGCCGGUACGUCGUCCUCGUAAAGUGGACGGACCCAAGAGAGGGGGAGUCGUAAAGAACGAAAAGACUUCUAUACGUCCCCAACUAUCCAUCCUUUAG